ACCUGGCAAUCAGCUGUACGAAAGUAACGUUAAGUUGAGCUUAAAUGGAAACACGCAUUUUGUUUAAAAAUGAAAUUAAAAAAGAUAAGCAGAUCAUAUUUAGUGCUGACCACACCCAAACGCAAGGAACUGCUCCAAGAUGGGCCACCAACUCCAAGCAGAGAUCAGCUGCUUGGUCGCGGAUCGUUUGGUUCCGUUUUUCGGGCCAUUUAUAGAGAUAAUUGUGUGGCCGUCAAGAUAAUUAGAUCCCAUGCCAUGUCCACAAUGCCCAAUGAGUUGCAUCUGCUUAACUUGCGUCACAGGAACAUAGUGCGUCUCCUGAAAGUGGAAUCCACCCAGAAAGAUGGUUUGCUUAUUAUGGAAUGCCCCAAGGGACACACAUUACAGCAUAUACUAGACAGUCUGUCCUUACCCUUAAUGCAUAGGGUCAUAAUAACUCUGGAUGUCUUGGCUGCCUUGAGAUAUUGUCAUAGUCAUAAUAUUCUCCAUUUGGAUGUCAAACCGUCUAAUAUACUAGUUGCCUUGGAUACCAGAACCUUAACAGUUCGUCAAUUCUCCAAUUAUAAGCGAAAUUAUCUUUGUAAACUCUGUGAUUUUGGUUCCUCCAUGAAAAUGGGUGAAAUCGACGAGAAUAUUGGCAAUGGCAAUAGUGGAACUCUUCGUUAUAUGUCACCAGAAGCCUUGCGUUCGACUACUCUAACAGCAGCCGCUGAUGUUUACUCAUUGGCCAUAACCAUGUGGCAAUUGGAAAAUCGUCAGAUGCCUUAUCAUUGGCUCACAUGUAAUGAGGUUAUAGCCUAUCAGGUGGUCAAACAUGAUUUGAGACCAGAUUAUGAUUAUAGCAAUGCGAUAACGUCAUCGUGUGCAAUUCCCUGCAAUUGCCCAAGCUCUACAUAUAAGAAAUCCAGACGUAGUCUUAAUUUUGGUCAAUAUAAUAGCAAUGGUUUGAUUAACUAUUUUGAAAAUUCUUCAAAAUAUAAACAGCUCGAUAUGGAAAAGUCAUAUGGCACACUAUAUAAAAGCUGCUGGGUCAGCGAUAUAGAAUUACGUUUGAAUUCUAGCCAAAUGAAAAGUCAUCUAGAGGCGAUUCUAAUUAAGUUAGCAGGGACAUUUUAAGUAAUUUAGUUUUUUUCUUCUCUCUGUGUUUCAAUAAUUUAUU